GGGGUGGUGUGUGCUGUCGUCUGCUGUGGUGAAAGGCGAAAUGGCAAACAACAAGCAGGAGCCGCAUGUCCAACAACAAAUGCAUUAAUGGAUUAAUAAAGCUACGAAUAACUUGGGCCCCAUGAAAGUGUUUUGAAAGAGAAGGCGACUUCAUACACCAUUUCUAUGCAACUUUGCACGUUGCCUUGAUGAGCAGCCAUGCAUUGUGCUACAAUGCAGCGUUUACUUUAUUUUCCGAAACUUCUCAGUGCCCUGAAGCAACAAGUGAAGUUCGGUACGAGACCUGGUUACGUCUGCCCCCAAAAAAACAUACUCGAGGGCUUUCAACAAGUACGAAGAUAUUCUGAUGAAUGGGAUUAUGAUGUCGAAAAAGUUCUUCAGGAUGCUGAUUUUGACGAGUUUUCAGACAGAAUGUUGAGAUUGCCUCAGCAUGGACAUAAUGUUUUUGUCAUUCAGCCUUUUGUGAGGCCUUUUAAGAAAUCUGCUAUCAAAAACGAAAUGGUUCAAGAGGCUGCACUUACAUCACCACAAUUGCAAUUAGAAGAAGCUUUAGCUCUCAUAAAUACUCUGCCAAGGUGGAAAGCAGUUGACUCCAUAAUACUUGGAGUAAACCAUUUUAAAUCAUCAACCUUUUUCGGAUCUGGUCAAAUAGACAGGCUGAAAAACAUAGUUGGUCAAUCUAAGAAUAUAAGUGCUGUUUUUGUGAAUGUUGACAUUUUGAGAGUGAAACAGAUAAUAGAAUUGGAAUUAGCAUUGAAAGUCCCUGUGUUUGAUAGAUACACAAUUGUUAUACAAAUUUUCCGACAUCAUGCUGUUACCAAGGAAUCAAAGCUGCAAAUUGCUUUAGCUGAGAUACCUUACUUGAAACAAUGUGUCAAAGGAUUUCCAAAAGGACUCUCAGAUCGUCUAGCUUCAGGGAGGUUUGUUGGUGGUACUGAAGGUAUGUUGCCUGAGACUCGUAAAGAAUUGCUCUCUCAGCGUGAACAAAAAUUGAAAAAAGCUGUAUCCUUCCUUAAACAACACCGCCAACGAGUAAGGAAUGAUCCUAAGAAUAUUUAUCCCAUAGUCGCUGUGAUGGGGUACACAAAUGCUGGAAAGACAUCUCUAAUUAAAGCACUUACUGGAACAGAAAAAUUGGAACCAAGAAACCAACUGUUUGCCACUUUGGAUGUCACAAAGCACAAAGGCAACUUACCUUGCAGCCUAGAAGUGCUUUAUGUGGAUACUGUAGGUUUCAUAACUGAUAUACCAACUGAGCUGUUUGAGUCUUUUACUGCUACAUUGGAAGACGCUGCUCACGCAAAUGUCAUUCUUCAUGUAUGGGAUGUGAGCAAUCCUGAUUUUCGAAAACAACAGGAGCAUGUGAUGAAAACUCUUUUAAGCUUGAACUUUGGUGAAAAUCUUGAGAAGAGACUAUUUGUGGUUGGGAACAAAGUGGAUCGUAUAUCAGAAAAUGAGCUUUCAGAUCUAAAGAAAGCUCAACCCAAUACGUGUUUCGUCUCAACUAAAACUGGCUUUGGUAUGGAAGAAAUGCUUCAUAAAUUGGAGAAGUUAACUCUACAAGCAUCAGGAAGGACACGGAUAAAAUUAAGAGUAAAAGCAUAUGGGGAAGAAUUUGAGUGGAUACGCAGAGAGCUUCCUGUUGAAGAUAUGCAGCUAGAUAGUGAGUAUAAGUAUGCAAUUUUUACUGUAUUGGUACUAAGGUCGCAGCUAGAAAUUUUUAAACACAAAUUUGUUAAAAAGAAUAAUGUGGGAUGAAAUACUGUAUUAAAAAUAUUUUGUACAAAAAAUGGUUGCAAAAAAUAAAUAAAGAGCAAAGAAAUUAAAA